AUGAUCUCAGAGAAAUGGACGGAAGAUAUUUUUGGACGACGCAAAAGAGAGGAGUUACUCAUGGGGCAACACUAUCGUUUCUACAUGUUCACGGUGCUUCUCCGAACGACCGGGACGGUCUCCCAACCAUUUGGUCCGCAAACAGCGCUAUCUUUGGAGUUCAUGGAACGUCGUAGACGAUCCAAGGCUUUCAAGCUCGCAGGGGAUCACAUCAAUACCGAUGUAAAUUUCCUAACCUACUACACCAUCAUCAUGAUAUCUACCAAGAAAUUUUAUCACACCGACUUCUUAUGGUUUUGGCAAGGAAAUCCGCAUGAAUUCGGUGGUAUAUUGACUUUGUAG